AUGACGCCACGUUCCAUGGUCCGUCCGGGCCACGAUGAUGCCAUGCACCAUUUGCCGUGGCGAAAGGACGGUCGAACGGUUCGGCGGGCACGGGGUGGCAAGGACGACGACGCGGCGCACGACAUGCCUCGUACCUCGUCCUUUUGCGGGCAGCUUGCCUGCAACGCUACCGCUCCAUCCCUGGGCGGACAGCAAGGCCGAGUGCACGUCGAGGACGGCCGGCUUGCUCGUCGAUAG